AUGGAGUACAUCCCUGAGCUCGAAGAGGGGGAAAAGAUUAAGCUUGUUUGCCGUCCUAGGCGAUUUGGAAAGUCGCUCACUGUCGCGAUGCUGCGGUAUUUCCAUGGAUUUCAGUUCCGCGAAAGCUAUGACGGGCUUUUCAAGGAUCUCGACGUGGAUAAAGCUGUCAAAGCUGGUAUCACUCAACCUGGACGGUAUCUUAUUUUAGAAUUUGACUUCUCCAGCCCCUCCCGUCCUCAAAAACUUGAAGAAUAUGCAGAGUUCCUCGCUGAGGAAAUAAACCUGGGGCUGUCAAAUUUCAAGGAUGAUUACGCCGAAUAUCUAGGCGACCGGUUUGCGUUAGCAACCUCUACCUUUAACGAGAAAAACCCGGCCGGAAAUCUCAGACGCCUCAUUAGUGCUGUUAAUCAGACGCUUAAACGCAUUCAUUACAGACGCGAGAAGGAUCAUCCCCUCUGGGAUGUACAAGGAAUCUAUUUACUAGCAGAUGAAUACGAUGCUUGCGCCAACGAUUAUAUGGACCCACAUGAUCCAUUGUCAUGGUCCGAUGCUGAGCCAGUUCGUACUCUGAAGGCAUUUUGGACCAACGUUAAAGUGGGGGGGAAGGCGUUUUAUGGUAUCAAAAAAGCGUAUAUCACUGGAGUCACGCCUCUCCUUCUAACCGGCCUCACGAGUGGUGCCAACGACCAACAAAACAUCUCUUUCAAUACAGAGAUUUCAGCCCUUUGUGGAUUAACUCAAUCCGACGUGCUAGAAGCGCUAAGACUUAUCAACAAGAAUGAAGAGGUGCAAGAGCACUUUAGGACAUUAGAAGAUGGUUAUCACUUCUGCCAAGAACAGAGUGUGGAGCUGGUGUUUAACACCCACACCGCUCUUUCAUAUCUUCAGGUUUCUGAACCCUUUUUACGGGCCUGUGCAAGGGCACCUGUUGUUGUGAAUGAUAUGCAAUGUGCACUUCAAAGGGACGAACAUGGUUCUUACCAAAAGAUUCCAUAUGAGGAAGUGCUCGAUGGCUUUACACUGCACCAACUAAGUACCCAGGUGACCGGAGAAGACGAAAUACCUGCAUGGCGAUCCUUAAUGGUCUACAUGGAUGGCUUGGCUUUUGAUUCGGAUAAUCCAUCCCAGUUCUUGAAGAUACCGAACCGUGUCGCUGCUAGGAGAUUUGGAUCUGCGAUCCUUGAGCGGCUUGGCUUAUACAGUACCAUUGGUGAUGCUCUACGUACUCUUGCCCAAACCGGGAACCCAAUGAGAGCUCUUGCUGGGUAUUGUCGGCUGAUGCGACAACAUGAUAAAAUCGGAGAUGCAUUUUUGAAGAAAGAGGAACACCACCGAGGCAUUUUCCAGAUCAUGAUUCUAGAAAAUCCUUCUAUUGACGCUGUGGGUGAAUACCAAGUAACCACUAACGCGGGUUUUGUCGACCUACUCAUUACAAACAACCAAAAACUCUACACUCUCAUCGAGUUCAAAAACAUCCAAACCCCCUACCUGGAACUUGGUGGAGAACAAUAUCCUUGGACUCAAAUUCAAGGACGAUAA